CGGACACUAUGAGCCUGGCCGGCCGUGUCAGCUCGUGUGUGCCUUGUUCUUUUUGCAUCUCACGGGAACGUUUCCAUGUAUGGACUUUCGCAUACUUAUCAUUUCUUAUUAAUUUUAGAAACUGUUGUGAAUGACUAGCAGAAAUAGCCCGGAACCAACAGGCAGAGACGUGGGUUCUAGGCCUGGCUUUGGCACUGACGGUGUGGUCUAGCCUCGGUCUUCCGGUCAAGUGGACUUUGUGUGCGUCCUAUUGUAAGGUUCCACGGAGACCUUUUUGUGAAGGGGCGUUGUGAAUGGAGAAGUGCUUCCCAGUGCCUGCACUGGGGUAGGAUGGGGACCGGCAGCAGAGGCAGAACACUUCAAUGCGAAGGAAAUGGUUCCUGGACUAUUGUAGGGGUUGCUGCCCUCAUCCUGUUCCUGGUAGCACUGCUGGCUCGUGUCCUCGUCAAAAGAAAACCACCCCGGGACCCGCUGUUCUAUGUGUAUGCAGUUUUUGGAUUUACCAGCGUGGUGAACCUCAUCAUAGGACUGGAGCAAGAUGGAAUCAUUGACGGGUUCAUGACACACUACUUGAGAGAGGGUGAACCGUAUCUGAACACUGCAUAUGGGCACAUGAUCUGCUACUGGGAUGGCUCUGCUCAUUAUCUGAUGUACCUGGUGAUGGUGGCAGCCAUAGCAUGGGAGGAAACAUAUAGAACCAUUGGCCUAUAUUGGGUUGGAUCUAUUAUUAUGAGUGUUGUUGUUUUUGUGCCAGGAAACAUUGUAGAGGACACUGGAGGGAUACGGCUCCUCAAGGUAGUCUACACAGCCAUACAAUCUCGACUCCAGAGAUCCAGACCCAAGGAGACUGGCUACAGGACAUCUGAGACACCUCCCCUUCCAUUCACAGCCAGGGUGGUCAAGGUUAUUCAAGAAGCCCAAGCGAAAGACCUGCUGAGAAGACCAUUUGAUUUAAUGUUGGUCGUGUGUCUCCUCCUGGCAACUGGAUUUUGCCUGUUCAGAGGCUUGAUUGCUUUGGAUUGCCCAUCUGAGCUCUGCCGAUUAUAUACGCAAUUUCAAGAGCCCUAUCUAAAGGAUCCUGCUGCUUAUCCUAAAAUUCAGAUGCUGGCAUAUAUGUUCUAUUCUGUUCCUUACUUUGUGACUGCACUGUAUGGCUUAGUGGUUCCUGGAUGUUCCUGGAUGCCUGACAUCACAUUGAUACAUGCUGGAGGUCUGGCUCAGCAAAAGUACGUGCUUAUGAAAUGGAGUCUCAUCUUAUGGGAGUACCUUACACAUUCAUCACAGAAAGCACUCUCCAGCCAGGCAUGGUGGCUCACGCCUGUAAUCCCAGCACUUUGGGAGCCCAAGGCUCAGUUUUCUCACAUUGGUGCUUCUCUUCAUGCUAGAACUGCUUAUGUCUACAGAGUCCCCGAAGAAGCAAAAAUCCUUUUUUUAGCAUUAAACAUAGCAUAUGGAGUUCUUCCUCAGCUCUUGGUCUAUCGUUGUAUCUACAAACCAGAGUUCUUCAUAAAAACAAAGGCAGAAGAAAAAGUGGAAUAAAAAUAUUACUUCAUGUUCCUUUCUAAAUUACUAACUUUUGUUAUACUGGUACUGAUAUUAUGUCCCAUUUCAUUCUCUUCUCAUACAUGAAUACUUAAGAAUAUGUACAUUCUUGCUCUGCACUGUAUGUGUGAGCUAUAUGGUACUGUGUAAAUUUUUGAAGGAAAAUGGAAAUUCUUGAGAAAGUCUGUUUAAAGAAAUAUAUUCAAAAUCAUUUGUGAAUAAACUUUAUCAUCCAUCUCAAUAUUCUGUUUGACAUAUGAAAUAAUUAUAGGUGUAAAAAAUUACAAUUUAGUGUCAACAGUAGUGAGCAUGAAAUUAUUCAAAAGAGAAUAUAGAGAAUAUGGCCUGUGCAUAUUAAAAAAUUCAAAACAGUGAAUGCAGACUGGAGAAAUAACUUUUGCAAAUAAGAUGAAUAUGCUUCAUUAUUAACUUCAAUAUAAAAGGCAAAUCAUGAGAAUAUUUGUAAAUGUUGUUUGAAAAAUGUUUUCCCAAGGAAAGUUCAUUAUUUGCUGCUGUUUUGAGAAAAUUACUUUUACUAAAUUUUUGUGUGUGAGUUUAAAUAGCUAAAUAGGGAUCAAUAACUAUCUCUACCCUUAAUGAACACUUGUUUUAGUGGUGGCUGAAAAUAUUUCUAUUGUAUUUCUGUGUAUAUUUUUAAUAAAAUUAUUUUUGGCCUCUUAUGAAGACAAAUCUUAUUAAAUUUGAAACAUUUCAUAUAUACACAUAAAAUUGCUUUUAAACAAAAUUUGUGAGUUGUAUAUUCCAAUUCAAAACGUCAUCUACAUUCCCCUUAUGUUUCAGUGUGAGCAAUGAAGAGGCCUUUUGAUGAAUUAAUUAAAUUUCAUUAAUUUAAAAAUACAUUCAAAUAUUCAAAAUUAAAAAGUAUCUUUUAAAGAAAAAGUAUUAGAUUGACAUCCCUACUAUCUUUUUAUGAACUUUCCAUGUUUGGGAUUGUAUGUUGAAUAUACUAGAGAAAAUCAGUAUUUACUAAAUGAAAGAAACACACCAAAAAUACAAACAGCCACCUCCUCACUGUGCCCUGGAAUGAUCAAUGGACUGGUGCUUUCAUACCCUUAGCUGCCAUCAUCAUCAUCAUCAUCAUUAAUGGCCCUAGGCUUUUAGGUCUGCUCACAUUUUCUCAUGUUUUUAUUAGCUCUCACAAAGAAAACCAAAAGAAAAUGGGAUACAAAUCAAUGUAUGGAUAAUAUCAAGUUACAAAAUCUAGGGUCCACAGGGCUGGUAAAUAUGCAUGUGUAAGCAAAUCAUGUAGUCAUCUCCCCUUCAUCCCCUACAGUGUUUUCAAAUAAUCUAAAAUCCAGCGAGUGUUUAAAAAAAAAA